ACUGGUAUAUCUAUAACGACGCAUAAUUAGUAUUGAAGCAUUUACCGCAUGUUUGUAUCGUAUGUAUUCACUUUAAUUGCUUUGUUAAAAUCUGGAAGUUUCAAGAAAUUCGAAAUCAAGAUGUUGCCAAGCAUACCAUAAUCUUGCGUCCAAACGAAGGUGGACAUUGGGCACACAUCCAACUCGCGCCACAUAAAAGCAGCAGCAGCCGCCUUCUGAUAGACACAACAGAAACAACACUCUUUGAGAGAACAGAACAAGCUUUAGCUUUAUCUACAUUUCCACGAGACUUGCGCUAGAGAAAAAUGGAGAACAAAAAUACUACCACCCUUACUAAACAGACACCGGAAGAAUCUAAAUGCAAUGAGGAUUCAGUUCUCCCCAUCGCUGAGAAGGGACUUUUCUUCCAUGAUUCUUUCUUCGAGGAUAUUCGGAAGCACUUUGAGACAGCAAUCGACCAAAUCCUUGAUACGUGGGGAGAAGCCAGGUCAGUGAGUGAUCUCAUGAGUAGCUACAGACGCGUAAGAGAGCGCAAUUUACAGCAAGAGAACCAAGUCAUGGCCUUCAGCGAAGACGACCAGAAGCACAAGGUUGUGCUGGAUGUUCAUGACUUCAAGAAUGGAGACGUUAAGGUCAGAGUGGAAGACAAUCAGGUGGUGGUUGAAGGCCGAGUGGAAAAGGAAGAGGAUGACUUCAAGUCCAUGAAAACCUUCUGUCGACGCUUCAACUUCCCAGGAAAAGUGGCUAUGGAGGGCGUGACUUCUGCAAUGUCUUCCGAUGGCGUCUUGACUGUCACGGCUCCGAAGAUUCCACAGGCAGCAUAGGAAAUCAUAUUCCAUUAUCUGAAAUUGUAAUCUAAUUUUAAAUGUACGUUUAAGCAACAAUUAUUUUUUCUUCAGGAUAAUGUUAAAAUGAAUAAAGCUUUUGAUAUUUUUAAAAUAAAUUAUACUUGUUUACAUUGCCUUCCUUUUUCGCCACUUAUCGAAAUGAAAAAAAAAAAAAAAAAAAAAAAAAAACACAUCGACUGUCGCAUAAAUUGCAUAGAAGAGGGUUCUUCGAAACUUGAAGAAAAGGUGCAAGUGCCAAAUGCAAAGAGGGUUGACUAUAUGUGACCUGUGCUUCCAUGAUUCUUUUUUGGAAAAAAAUAUUUAAAACUAAUAUUGGUCUACCGAGUGCUUCAUGUACAACAUAAGGC